AGAAGAACAAAGUUGCAUUCAGGUUCCCAGGUCUGACAUUUGUUUCAGAGUCAGCUCAGCUGACAUUAAACUUCGGGUCACACUUGCACUUGUUGAGGCUGCACUGUUAGCUCGGGUGACAGCCACCAGUGCCACACUGGGUGGGGGGGCUUGUGUGUGUUGAACCCUGACUGGUUUCUAUAUUUAGUCUACCAGUGAGCUUUUUUUUCUGUGCUCGGCACCGGUAUGGCUCCGGCUUCUCCGGUAACAGUCCGGCCCGGCCUCUGGAGCUCUGCAGACUGCAGAUCUGUCAAACUGCGCUUCAGGUUUCAUCUCCACCAACUACUACAGAGCAGAAUCUGUUCCUCCACAUUGGGAAUCAUUACUGGCCGGACCUGCAUCUCCGCUGCAUCUUUCAUUCACUGCUGCAUAGUGGUGCCAUGCUGCCGGGAGGCUGUGGAUGAGAAAGCAUGUCGUCAGACUUCUACUGCAGAGAUGAUCUGGUGGAGAGGGGGACCAUCCCCCUGGACAUCGACAACGUCCACAUGCUGCUGCAGGUGGAACAAGAACAGAUUCAGAGGAAGACCUUCACCAACUGGGUCAACGCUCAGCUGGCAAAGCGGAGGCCGCCGUGUAUGGUCGUGGAUCUGUUCAAUGAUUUCCGUGACGGCUCCAAACUGUUGGACCUGCUGGAGGUGAUGAGCGGCCAGUGCCUCAGUCGGGAGAGAGGCAGGGGAAUGUUUCAGCACAGGAGCAACAUCGAGAAAGCCCUCUCCUUUCUGAAGAAGAAAUCGAUCAAACUAGUCAACAUAAACAUUCCGGACAUUAUUGAUGGGAAACCGUCCAUCAUCCUGGGCCUCAUAUGGACAAUCAUUCUGCAGUAUCAUAUCGAGGAGCUGGCCAGCAGCCUCUCGUUCAAUUCCCGUCAGUCCUCCAUGGAGUCCCUGGCCAGUCUGGAUUCGCACUCCACCCUGUCGAGCCGCUCGGCCGGCAGCAGUCCUGUUCCUCCCAGAGGCUCACCGCUACACAACCGUUUUAGGGUUUCUGCCAAGAAGGCCCUGCUGCUCUGGGUCCGAGAACAGUGCCACAAAGCUGGCUGUUCGAUAAACGUGAAAGACUUCAAAGCUAGCUGGAGGAGCGGAGUGGUCUUCCUGGCGAUCCAGCAUGCUCUGCGGCCCGACCUGGUGGAUCUGUCCAAAGCCAGGACCAGAAGCAACAGGCAGAACCUGGAGGAGGCCUUCCGCAUCGCCGAGAGAGAGCUGAGGAUCCCCAGACUGCUGGAUCCCGAUGAUGUGGACGUUCGAGACCCCGAUGAGAAGUCCAUCAUGACCUAUGUGGCUCAGUUCCUGCAGUACUCCAAAGACCUGCCGGUGCCAGAGGAAGAGAUGCAGACACAAUACCUGACUCUUCCUAAAAGUCCCUCUCCUGUCAACCUGCCUGUUCACUACACUCCUGCUAUUUCUGCUUCACCUCUGCGACAGGCGACGCCCGCUCGAAAGGCACAGGAAGUGACAUGCUGGCUGGUUCAGGCCUACGAGGAGCUGCUGGAGGGAUGGGACUCCACCGAGGGAGAGAGCUACUCGGAGAGAUACCACGUGUUUCAGAGCUUUCUGGUGUCCUUCAACGAGCAGCGGCGUCCCAUCAUGCCGUUGUUGACGGCGAUGAGACGAACCUCGAAACUGAGCGAAGAGCAGCGAGCUCUCAGAGAGGCGUGGGACUCCCUCACUGAAAAGCUCCGUGAAUACAAAGUGGAGUUAGACACGAGUCUCCCGGCCCCCUUGGACACGGUGGCUCGCUGGCUGCUGAAAACGGAGAAGGCUCUGGCCGAGGAGGAGGGCGACCCGCAGGACCACGGCCGAGCCGCUGACGACGCCAGGGAGAAACAGGAGCUCCUCAAAGUCUGCCUGGAGGAGAUGCCGCAGCAUGUGAAGACCUUCCAGUCCUUCCAGUCCUUCCAGAACUUGGAUGAGGAUGGAAACAUGAUGGUUCCUGCUGACAAGAUGGACGAACUGAAGAGGAGGUUCACCAGCGUGAGAGUGACGGCUAAAUACCAUGGGAUCAAGCUGGAGUACUGCGAGCAGCGCCACACCGUGUUGGAUCUGUUGGGGCAGAUAAGGACCAAGCUGCGGGUCUGGAAGAGGCCGUACAUCUCCCCGGAGGCUGUCAGGGUGUUGCUGCAAGAAUGUGAUGUUCUGGUAAACACACAGGAGCUGCCGUCUUUGCUGGAAGCAGCUCUUCAUAAACUGAAGCAGGUUUCUGAGAAAUAUUCAAGCAAAUCUGCCCUCGCUGCAGACUACCAGCACGUCAGUCAGCAUGUGAAGCAGCUGGACGAGGACACCGCCGUGGUUUUGCAAGACGUGACCAAAACCAAGAGCGCCAUGGGACGCGUCCUGUCGGCCUGGGACUCUUACAGCGACUGCCUCAGCUCCCUGCAGGCUUGGCUGGAGCAGGGCUCUGCAACACACAGCCAUGGCCACAGACCAGAGGUGACCUCUGAGUCGUCGGCUGAGUGGGGCUCCCGGCAGGCCCACCUGAACGAGAUGGGUAACUUCCUGAUCGAGUCCACAGACCCUCAGACCAGCAGGAGCCUGGCAGAGGAGCUGCGCAGACUCAACAUGCACUGGGCCGAGUUCGUCAAGAGAAACGCGUUUGUCAGCGGGGCUGAGCCCAGUGCUGACGUCCAGACCAGAUCCCAGGACCUCCAAGCUCUAAUCAAAGAGGCCACUCUCAUUUUCAAAGAGCCUCUGGAGGCCAUGGCAGGUCCCUUACGCACCUACAGAAAAAGAAUACAGUUCAUAAUGAGAAAAAUCAAAGAAGCGGAUGUGGAGGCUCUGGGUCCCUCCCGAGAAUGCUCAGGGGAUCAGUUAGAGAAACUGAAGCUUGCUGUACCUCAAGUGAUGCAGACCCUGUUUGAGGCAGAACAGGUGUGUAUAGAGCUGCAGCAUAGUGUGUUGGGUCUGGACAGUCGCCUGGCUGAACUCCUUUACUGGGAGGCUGAGACCCGGGAGCUCUACCAGCUGCUGAGGGCGGCAGAGCGACAACAACAACAUCAACAUCAGCGGGGCCAGGACCCACGAGCCAGGGUCCUGAUUUCCCGUGGUCUGCAGCUGGAGGGUCAGGUGGUCACAGAAGAGCAGGACCUGCAGGUGAUGGUAAUGACGAGUCAGAAGAACUCUCCCAUCCAGUACCUCCAUGCCUCCGCCAUGCAGGACCGAGUCCGAGCCGCUGUUGCACAGUCACAGGAAGCUGUAGGCAUGCUGAGCAGCCUGGGAGCCAGGAGAGACAGAAGCAGAAGCCCUCCAGAAGGGUCCCCUCCAUCAAAAGUCUUUAAACAGGCUAAAGAACAGCCUCAACAUCUCAGACAGCCAACUCAGCAGCCCGAUACAACGUUAGUUGAGUCUCAUGGAGCCUUCGUGCCAAAGAUAGUGGUGCAGGAAUACAGAGACAAAAAGGUGACUUCUCCUCCAAUGCCAUAUACGUACGCACAGGCUGUGAUGCAGACCAGGACAAAAUCGCCACCAGAAGGCCAGGUUCAGGCCUGGAUAGAGACCACUGUAAAACAACAGCAGCAGACUCAGGAACAGGGAUUGAUUCAGCAGCAAGAGCAACUUAACAGACAGAAGGAAAAGGAGCUGCACCAGCAAGAACUCAAGCAACAGCAACCAGAACCAGUGCACCAGCAGGGGUCAAUGCAAACACAACAGCAGAAGCAGGAACAACAACAAGAAGUGGUGGCGCAGCAACAGCAGGUAGAAAUGCAUCAAUACCAAGUUCAACAGCAGGUGGUAACAGACAGACAGACAUCAGAGUCCCAAGAGCAGACUUCACUUCAACAACCACCUGUAAAGAAACCGCAUCUUAGCUCCCAGGAGCUUCAAAGUAGAAAGACUCAGGCAAUGAAGAACCGGCCCUGGCUUCAGAAGCCAGCCUCAGGAGAGCAUAAAACUCCAGAACAGGUUUCUACUCAGGGAGCAAUUCAGAGUAGACAGCCUCAGCCACAGUCAGACAGAGAAACAGUGGGUUCAGUUCAGGUUGUUUCAAAGCAUAUAGCAACUGCCAGGCCACAGCCUGAGGAACAUGCAAAGAUUACUGAGCAGCCACAACAACAGCUAAGAGAUAAACAAAAACAAACACAGCCUCGACAUCUAGAGCAGCCGCAGCAACAUAAGCAACAACAACAACCACAGCAGCAAAAACAUCAGGAACAAUUGCUUCAGCAACAGGAAAAACAACCACAGCCUACUGUAAGACAGGCUCAACCAGAUUCAGACACCAAGGCUAAAUCCCAGACCGUAACUAUGGCUCAGCCUCACCCACCAACGAAAGCCCAAAAUCAGUCACAACCACAAACUAUGGUUCAGUCUGAAUCUCAGACAGUGGUACAAAUGCAGGUGCAGUCGACAAGUGUGUCCCACACUACCACAGAUGAUCAGCAACCACUGAAGACCAAGUCUCAAAACGUAGUGAGCCAGGGCCAGUCACAGACACAAGUUCUUCCACAGCCCCAUGGCCCCAUGAAGCCACAGUCAAUGACCAAGCCACAGACACAACAACUGCUCCAGCACCAGGUUCAGACUCAAUCCAAAACAUGUGUCCCAGCUGGACCUCAGCCGUCUUUGCAGCCACAGGGUCUAGCCCAUGGCCCAGCUAUAGCUCAAGUGCAGACAUGGGCUCAAGUCAGACCUUCUACCCCUAUGCAGGCUCCACUGCAGGGCCAAAUUCAGCCUCCAGUGCCAUCCCACAUUCAGCUUCGUAGUCAUCCACAGUCAUGGGCCCCUGUCAGGCCGCUGUCCCCUAAGCCACCAACACAGGGCCAUAUUCAAACCCAUCCUCAGUCCGUGGCCCAGUCUCAAAUCCAUCCUCAGCCCGUGGCCCAGUCUCAAAUCCAUCCUCAGCCCGUGGCCCAGUCUCAAAUCCAUCCUCAGUCCGUGGCCCAGUCUCAAAUCCAUCCUCAGUCCGUGGCCAAGUCUCAAAUCCGGCCUCAGCCCGUGGCCCAGUCUCAAAUCCGGCCUCAGCCCGUGGCCCAGUCUCAAAUCUGGCCUCAGCCCGUGGCCCAGUCUCAAAUCCGUCCUCAGUCCGUGGCCCAGUCUCAAAUCCGUCCUCAGUCUAUGACCCAUCCUCAAACCCAUGCUCAGCCAAUGGCCCAAUCACGUCACUCCCAACCUUUGACUCAACAUCAAACUCAACUGGGUCAUUCUCAGUCUAUGACUCAGUAUGCCACACAUGCUCAGCCAGAGGUCCAGCACCCAGCCCAUAUUUCCCAGGGCCAAAUUCAUGCUUGGACUCAAGUUAGAGUCUCAUCCCCAAUGUCUGUCCAGCAUCCGCAGGCUACAGCACAACCUCCACUUUACUCUCAAGGUUACUCCCAGAGUCAGUCCCCAUCCCAGCAGUGGACACCCAGACCUGAGCCACAAAACCAAGCCAUUGACCAGCAGAGGCAUCCAAGUCCUCAACCAUACCCUCAGCAAAUAGGCCAAGCUCCACAGUCUCAGGCUUAUCCAACAGUUCAAGCUCUGCCGCAGUGGCCUCAAGCUGGGCCCCAGCAAGGUCCUCAGGUUGGGCCCCCCGGGUAUUCUCAAAUGGGGCCAUCAUAUACUCAGCCUCAAAUGCAAACACAAACCCAACCCUGGGCUCAAACACAACCUCAAAUUAGAGCCCAGAGUUCCAUACCACAACAAUCUCAAAUGAGUGCUCAUAAUGUGUUUCAUAUCCAGAUGCAACAAGGUCAAGUUCAGCAACAGACUUGGGUUCAGGCACCGCCUCAACUUCAGCCCCAGCCUUAUCCCCAGCCUCAAUCUCAGCAUUAUUCACAGAUUCAGCAUCAAACUCAGUGUCACCCUCAGAUGCAAGCUCAAAUACCUCCUCAAUCACAACCACCUAAUCAAGCCCAUCCUCACCUUCCUUCCCAGCCUCAGCUCCAACCCCAGCUGCAGGCACAGUCCCAAACACACAUCCAGACGCAGUCAUCGGUAAAAGUAAAGCCCCAGGCCCAGACUCAGCAGCCUCAGCUCAAUCUUCAGUUCCAGCAGCUGCCUCCACAACCCAAACAUCAGGCCCAGCUCCCACCGCAACCGAAAAUUCAGUCACCAACUCAAUCAAAAGUUGAAGCACUUUCACAACCCAAACCUCUGGCCCAGUUAGCACCACAACAAGGGUUUCAAUCUCAAACUCAGUCUAAGGUCCAGUUACCAACCCAACCCAAGGCUGAAUCACUGCCGCAACCAUUACCUGAGCCCCAGGUGCCACCUCAACCCAUGGCUCAGUCACCAGUCAAGGCUGAAUCACCACCACAACCCAAACCACAGGCCCAAACAGUACCACUACCCGAAGCUCAAUUACCAACCCAACCCAAGGGUCAGUCACCAACUCAACCCAAGGCCCAAUCACCACCACAGAUCCAAACAGCACUGCUACCCGAAGCUCAGUCUUCAACUCAACCCAAGGUCCAAUCAGUGCCACAACCCAAACCACAGGCACAGUUCCUACCACAACCCCAUCAGGCUCAAUUGCCACCACCACCAGCCAAGGCCCAAACUGCACCACAAUCUAAGGCUCAAUCACCCCUACAGCCCAGACCUCAGACCCAGCCCCUGUCACAGUCAAAACCACAGUCUUCUCUGCAACCCAAACCUCAACAGCCCCAAACUGUUCUCCUCUCCCAGGUCAAUGUGCUGCCUCAGUCCCUGGCUGAGUCACCAGACCUGUGCAUCAAACCUGCCCCCCUGGCACAGGCGCCCCCCCAGACCUACACAGAGGCUUACACUAAGGCCCAGGCGUUGGCCAGAAAUGGCUUUGAGGAGGCCAAGCACUGUCUGCAGGAGCACAUCCUGGAAACCAUUAACGUUUUCAAAGACAAGUGUAUGUCGGCCGAGCAAGCAUCAGUGAAAGAGGAGACUCUGAAGACCCUGGACCCAGAGUUGCUAGAAGAGUUCUUGAGAGCAGCCAAGGGCAUGGAGGCCUUUUGUACCCCCUCACAGCUCAGGGACAUGGAGUUCUUCACCCAGUCUGUCCGGACACAGUGGGAGGCUGUGAGAGCUGAGAUCUCAGACUUUUUGCAACAAUUACGCUUUGACGUAACAAGGAAAGACUUUAACAAAGCUGCCCUGCAGUGUGAGAUGCACUUAAGCUCCCGCUUAGAAAACCAAGUGCAGGCUUGUUUCUCAGCGGAGGGGAGCUUUGCCCAGGCAGGGCAGCACCUCGAGGCCUUGAAAGAGCUGUGUGACACCCUGAGCCCCGAGGAUGCUCACCGCCUGGCCCAGACUCAGCUGAGGGAGUGUGAGACGAGGCUGGCUGCCAUCCAGCGUCAGUUCAGCGGAGAUCAAGACGCACCACUCCCCGAUUCUAGGAUUCCCGUUGCCUUCAGUGAGGAUCUGAGCACACAAAAGGAGCCUCCAAGACCAAGUGACAAACCUCAGGUCUCAGCUGAGGUGUUUCCAGUGACAAUGAAGACAGUUGUUGUGGAGAGGAAGGAGGUUGAAAAGCAGACGUCUGUAGAGGAAGAAGUCACCAAAAAGGAGACUUUAGAAAGAUAUGAGAAUUGUAAGAGGUCCCUGCAAGCCCAACUGGCUAAAAAUGACCAGAGCAUCAAGGAUGUCCCCUCUGACUCCGUGUCUCUGAAAGGCCUCCAUACACGGAUCCAGGAAAUACAGUUCUGGAGGCAGGAGACAGAAUCUCUGUGGUCUGAGUAUGCAAACCAGUGCUCCCAGUUGAGCGGCACCACUGUUCUGGAGCAGGAGAAGGCAGAGCUGCAGGAGCAGUGGCGCGGCCAACAGUCCAAACUUCAGAGGAGGGGCAGCUCGUUGGGCGCCGCCCUCAGACAGAUCGACUCCACCGAGAACCACAUGGUGGACUUCACAGACCGCCUGGACCGCUACCUGAGGCAGCCCAAGGACAUCAACGCCUUCACACUGGCCAACACCAACAUCCUGAAAGACAUCAAGGAGCUGGAUGAUAACAUUCAGAGUGAGCUGGGCCAGCUGUCCCGUCUACACCCUGAAUCCAGCGAUCUAGACCCCAGAGACUGCCUCCCUCUGUCCCGUGAGGUGGAGACUCACAGAGCCAGCCUGGAUCAGCUUCGACAGCAGGUCCGGAAGAGUGAGGCAGCCGCCCGCGCCCUCGACCGCUUCCUCAUGUCCUUGCGUACUGUGGAUGAAGACAUCUCCGGGGUCCAAGACGCCCCCUGCAGCGACACUGUGGUGCUGCAGGACUGUCGCUCCAAGCUGGCUCUGAUCAGGCAGAGCACCGACAGUCUGAAAGAAAAGGCGCCUCAGCUGGAUGUGCUCCUGCAGGGGGCCAGGCUGACGGUCACCAGGGAUGGCGUCCCGGCCUCCUGCCUGGACAUGGUGACGACGCUGCUGGGAAGGCUGGAGGAGGCGGACGGUGGGCUGGCCAGCCAGCAGAAGGGCCUCAAGAAGGAGACACAGAGCAAGUCGCUGGGCCUGAGGAAGAGGACGCUGAUGGGGGAGCUGAGGAAGCUGCAGGAAACCAUCGAGACACAAGGCCUGAAGGAGCCCACCAUACCUGCUGUGCAUCACGGGCUUCGUGCCCUGUCAGAUUUGGAGGGUCAGCUGCAGGCCCAGCACGCAGAGCUCCAGAACCUCCGGGAACUUCAAGAGAAACAGGGAGGAGGGGAGCACCUCCUCCAGGAGCUGGAGACUCAGUGGAAGGAAACCCAGAGAGCUUUUUUUGACAGGAAGAAGCAGUGCAACGUCCUGCUGGAGCUUCUGAAGAAGUUCCAGAGCUGCGGCAGUCAGCUGAGCAACACCAUGCAGAAAGCAGAGCAGACGAUCGAAGAUCAGACUUCCUACCUGAGCAAGGACAAGCUGCAGAGAAGUAUUACCAGGGUCCGUGAUAUUAAGGAGGGGCUCGGUGGUGUUGCGGAGCACGUGGAGCAGAUGAGGGGAGUUUGCAGACAGCUGCAGUCCCAACUGAAGAUGUUCCCAGCCUGCAGUGAGACUCCCUUUGAAGCCGAAGCUGACACACUCAUGGACAACUGGCUGGAUGUGACGGAGAAGACAGACGCCUACAUGGACAACCUGCAGGUGGGGCUGGAGCUGUGGGAGAAGCAGCUCAUGCUGGGGGGAGAGGUGGACGGCUGGGCAGGAGCCAAACUCUCCCUGUUCGCAGAGAGCCAUCCCUUCCACAAUGAGCAACAAGUUCUCGCCAUGAGGGACGAGAUCCAUGUCAAUGAGGAGAACAUUGAGCAUUUCCACAAGAAGUCUGUAGAGAUCCAGAAGAUGCUGCAGAGUCCCGAACCCCCACUGGAGCUGCAGGUGAGUGAAACCCAGCUGAGGAAGAGGAUGGAGCAGGUGAAGGAGCUGUUUACCGACUGCACCGACGUCUUUGAGGAGCUGGUGGCCGUGAGGAAACACCUGGCCGAGAAGAUGGAGGAGUGCCAGUCAGCCGUGGACAGCAUCCAGUGCUCCGUCAGUAAAGUCGAUGCCUCACAAGCAAAGUUCAAGGACCAGAUACAGCGUGUGUGCGAUGACCUGGAGGCUCAGGAGGAGCAGGCCGAGGCUGUUCUGAAGGAGGUCGGUUUGAUUUCCAGCGUGGCCAGUCCUCAGGUGCUGGAGGCCCUGUCCGUGGACUGCAGCAGGCUGAAGGAGGCCAUGUCCCGCACCAGGGACAUGAUUCACCUAAAGAGAGAGGAGAGGGACAAAGGCCUGCUCAAGGUUAUCCAGGAUGAGAGGCAGUCGUUUGAGGAAUGGUUCCAGGACUUGCAGCUGUCCGUCAAUGAGUGCUUUGAGUCUCCUGAGAGCAGAGCAGACGUGGAAACAUCCCUGCAAAGACUCGCUGGUUUCUUAAAGUCCAAGGAUCCAGAGAGACGUCUGGACCAGCUGAAGGAUCAGCUGCAGAGAGGCGGCCAGCAGGUUCCUCCACAGCAGCUCUCCGAGUUCACCGACUGGGUGAAGGAGCAGCAGAAGGAGGUGGGAACGUUCAGAACACACUGCCACAGCAGGCAGAAACAAAUGGAGCCACUCCUCAGUGACUUGAACAGUCUGCAGAAGCAACACGCUAGCUUCUGUGAGUGGCUGCAGAACAAAGAGAAACUGUCUGUGGAGUUGCACAAAGUCAAACUUCUUCUCAAAGACCUUCAGGAUGAGAGCGGCAGAGCUGAGAGCCUCAGUGAUCUCUUAGCGUCGGUACGCAGACAAGGCGUCCGAGCUGAAAGCCUCCUGAAGGACGGCGAUAACUUGAUACAACGCUACAGGAACCUGGAGAGCCGGCUGCAGAGGCAAGCAGAUGCCCAGAGCGCGCUGGAGAGGGAGUCUGACAAGUUUAACAGCCAGGCUAAGAGUACCAGGACCUGGAUAACUGACCUUGUUGGCCCCCUCGCCUCCCCGGGCAGAGACGCUCAGACGGAGCAGAUGAAACACAAAGCACAGGCCGUCCUGAACUCCAAACCCGAGGGAGACUCUAAAGUGAACGACCUGAGAAGACAAAGUGAAAGUUUGUGUGAGCAGGAGGACCUGGAGAAGAGCAGGAAACAGGAAGUUAAACAGUCGCUCAGAGAAACAGAGGAGCAGUGGAGGACGGCUCUGCAGACAGCUGAGGACAAUCUCACCAGGGCGGAAACACAAGUCCUCUUAGACAAAGACUUGGACGCCGUCAAAACCCAGAACGAAACUGUCCAGUCCUGGAUCAGAGACCAGGAGCUGAACAUGCAGUCGCUUGGUGGUUGCAUGCAAGCUGAAGAAAAGCUCCAGAUUGCACAAGCUGCUCUGAGCUCCAAACCUGAUGGAGAUUCAAAGCUGCAGGACCUGCAGAGACAAUGCCAGAGUCUGUGUGACAACCGGGGCUUGGACGAGAGCAAGAGACGAGAGGUUCAGGACGCAGUCAGACAAACAGAGGAGCAGUGGGGGAAAGUGUUGCAGGCCGCUGAGGAGGGUCUUAACGGGGCGGAGACUGAAGCUGCAGCUGAAACGGACUUUGACGCUUUCAAAGCCCAAAGUGAAAGCAUCCAGUCGUGGAUCAGAGAGCAGAGGCAGAAGCUGCUGUCCCUCGGUAGUCACAUGCAGUUUGAAGAACGGUUACAGGUUACACAGGCUGUUAUGACCUCCCAACCUGAGGGAGAGUCCAAGGUGCUCCAGCUGAAGGCACGAGGUGAAGGUCUGUGUGAGCGUCUGGAGGAGAGCAGGAAACAGGAGCUUCAGCAGUUGGUAAAAGACACGGAGCAGCAGUGGAGGACGCUUCUGCAGGCCGCCAGGCAGGCAGAGCUCCGGACGCUGACGGACGACUUCGACAUGCAGAGUAAAGAUACUCAGUCGUGGAUCAGAGACGGACAACAGCAGCUGCAGUCUGUGGGCAGUCACACACCGCCGGACGAGAGAUGUCACACAGCCCAGACCAUCUUGAGCUCCAAACCUGACGGCGACUGUACGGUAAACAACCUGAGGAGGCGAGGCCAGAGUUUGUGUGACCACCAGGAUGUGGACCAGGGCAGGAAAAUCCACGUUCAGAAGACGAUCCGUGACACAGAGGAGCAGUGGAGGACGGUGCUGCUGGCGGCUAAACAGGUCGAAGCUGCUGCAGGAACUGAGAUCAGCCAGAAGACCGAGAGGAGAACGCUGGAGCGGAGAGGGUUUGAGAGCCAGCAGCAGGAGACCAGCAGCUGGCUCACACAUCUUCAGAAACAACUGGACUCUCUGAAAAGCCAAACCAGAGCUGAGGACAGACUGCAGACUGCUCAGACCAUUCUGAGAUCCAAAGGUGAAGGAGACUCCAAGCUCCAGGAGCUCAGGACACGAGGCCAGAGUUUGUGUGGUCACGACCUCGAGGAACCCAGCAAACAAGAGGUUCAACAGAAAGUAAGAGGCGCUGAGGAGCAGUGGACGAGAGUCCUGCACGAUGCCAAACAAGCCCUGGAUCAGGCUGAGAAGCAGCGCGCUCUGGAGGGCCAGCUGAAGGACUACGAAGCCGUGAGAGACGACACCAGAGCCUGGCUGCAGGACAAGCAGCAGAGCCUCGUCUCUCUGGACAGUCAGACUGAUCCAGAGGAGACAAUAAGCACUGUACAGACUAUCCUGAGCCGUAAGCCCGAGGGAGACUCCAAGCUGACGGAGCUGAGGAGACAGAGCCAGAGUCUGUCCGACCAGGAGGAGCUGGAGGAGAACACGAGACAAGAGGCCCAGCGGACGGUGAAAGACUCGGAGGAGCAGUGGAUGACGGUCCUGCAGACCGCCGAGAGCACUCUGAAGAAAGCCGAGGUCCACUACUCGCUGUCGAGGGAGCUUGAGGCGUUCCGCGCCAAAGCAGGAAGCACCAAAACCUGGCUCACGAAGCUGCAGCAACAGGCCAAGUCCAAAGGGAGCGGCACCCGGGGCAGCCGGGCUCAGAUAGAGGACCGGCUGAACACAGCACAGGCCAUCUUGAGCUCCAAGUCCAGGGGCGAGGCUCAAGUGAUGGAGCUGAACAGACGAGCACAGAGCCUGUGCGAGCAGAGAGACCUGCAGGGAGACAAGAGAGCGGAGGUCGAGCAGACGCUCAAAGACACCGAGCAGCAGUGGAGGACGGUCCUGCAGGCUGCUGAGGAGACGCAGAGGGAGUUGAAGGGCAUUGUGGAGCGCAUGGUGUCCUGUCAGUACCAGCGAGGCCAGACUGAGACCCGUCUGUCUGAGUUUCAGAAGCAGACGUCCAACCUGCCGCGUGUCUUCCCCUGGCCCGGCCUGGGGGAGCGGAGGCAGGCGGUGGAACAGGCCCGGACCCUGCUGGACCAGAGCACAGCGCUGGCCCCGGUCCUCUCAGCCCUCCGCACAAAGGCUGCAGAGCUGUUUGAGAUCACACAGGACCCCGGCUGGUCAGAUCCGUCCUGGGCAGCCAAGGAGGAGUCCAUUCCUGCUCUGCUG